ACAUUACGUUCAUGGGGUGUCGGGGUGUCGCAUUAGCAUGAGCAUUUCUCAAGACAGCGCCGCUACGAUCGUGUGCAGGGAGGUUUUCGACGAGACGUCCCAUCCGACGAAUGAAGAGCUGCUGGAUUAUGCAAAACGUCUGGGAAUUAAUCCCGAUGCGGAGCCGCAUCUUCUGGACUUGGCCCGCGAGGGUCUCAUGGCGGCCCUACCCAAAGGUUGGUCCCCAUGCUUUCACGAGGCCAGCGGUGCCUGGUAUUAUUACGAGGCCUCCACGAACACCACUACCUGGGAACACCCUCUCGAUGCAGUUUACAGAGGACUUGUGGAGCAGGCUAGAUCCGGCAAUAAGAGACAAAUGAGUUUUGAAGAAGACUCAAAGACUACAGCAAAGGAUCUUGAGUCUCAUGAGGACGCAACUUUGCCAAAAGAAACUCUAAAAGAAACUGCUACUAUAAAGGAACCUACUAAAGAAACUAACCAUCCAAAACCUGGUAUGGCAGGCACCAGGAUUCCCAUGAAACUGGCGCCUCUACGAAAAAUAGACGGCUCGCAAAAACGAAAUCGUCCUGCGUCCUUUGAUAGACUCCAAUCAAGAAGGGAAAGUGACUCGAAAUCUGACAAUAUAACGUCCUUAUCGAGUGACCGAGCCGCCAGGGAUUACACAAACUUGAAAUUUCAAGAUCCAAAAUUUUAUGAAUGUCCAAAACUGCUGGAGACAACAGAUGCAGUCGCAACAACCGCCAACACAACAACAUCUGCAAAGAAGGAGGUUGACUUGAAGGAAGUACUGAAGAGAUCCGAAUCGCUGAGCCCGUGGCACGAGAAGGAUUGGGAACAGCUGUCCAGCAAGUUUAGUUCCGAAGAAAACAUAAUUGAUAUUGAUAAACUUAGCGCCAGCACCUUAGCCAGGCCGGACAGGCCCGAAAAAUUUGACAAGGAAAAGCAUCCGAGUCAGCUGGGCCAACAAAAAGAGUUAACCCUCAGCGGUGGCGGCUCGAUGUUUCUGAAAAGUAAUAGAAGCAGGGAUAACACGCCUAGUCAAGAUGGUGGCAAGUUAGAGGAUUUCCAGACAUUGAUGAUCUCCGACGAAAUUAAUAAUGCUGCCGAAGAUAGGCCCAAAUCCAUUCUAAGAGAGAAACAAUUGGACGAUGACGAUCGACCACUGGACGAAGAACGCAAAAGCGUGCGGUUCGAUUUGGAGAAGGAGGUCAACUACAAUUUUACAUAUUCAGAAUCCGAGGAGGAAUGGGAAUCCGAGUCCGAAGAUAAGAAUCCGCGGAUAUCGGCCGUAGUCAGCAAUAAAGUUACUGGUUCCAUUUUAUCACCGCUCAAACCGACUUCGCAAAGCUACAACGAAGACGACAACAAGAACGACAACAAUUCUGACGAGAAAGAUUGGGAUAAAAUGGAAUCCGAAAACGACAAACAACAACAUCUGCUUGUCGAGAAGACCGAUUCCGUGUCGAAGAACACGAGGAUAGUCGGUAAGAGGUUUCUUGUGCAGAACGUUUCGGAGAACGAGCAUCGUAAUCAAAUGACGAGGGAUAGUUUAGAAAGGGACAAUAGCCUUGAUUAUUUGUCCAACAAAUUAAGUGAAAAGGUGAAGAAUAUUGACUUGGUGUCGAAAAGCGAGACAGAUUGCAGCACCGCAAAAAGCAGCGAUUCCGAUGAGAUGCGUAGAACGAGAUCGAUCAUUGAAAGGGCGAAACACGUGACAAGUCGCUUGUCGAAUUGGCAACUUGAAGACGACGAAUCGUCCGAUGUGUCGAGAGUCGGUCAGAAUUAUGCGCAGAAGGAGCGAUUUGUUAGACCUAAAAUAGAAUAUUCUCGAAAUAUUGAUGAUAUAAAAAUGAAGAUGAACAGAGAAUAUGAUAAAGAAAUCGAAGCUUUUAAGCUCGAGCUUGAAGUUAAAUUGCAGGAAAAGAAGAAAGAAUUUGAAGAAAAUUUUGCGCAGCAGAAGCUUUUAAUGCAGCUUUUUGAUCAAAGAUUAGAAGAGGUGAAGAAGGAAAUGGCUCAAAAGGAAGAGCAAGAAAUUCAAGUAUUGAUUACUGAAAUGGAUCAAGCUAGGAUAGAGAACUUGAAGAAAGUCCGUACUGAGUUGGAGGUCUGUUAUGAGAAAGAGAGACAAGAGAUAUUGACCAAUUUGAAAACAGAGCUUGAUGAGAGAAAAAGGGAGCUUCUGGAACUGAGAAAUCAGGAGAUGGGCAAGUUAGAAAAUGAGCACGAACGCGAUCUGGGCGAGGAAAAACUAGCAAAGCUGAACGAGUUCGAGUUAAGAAAGCAACAGACGGAAAGUAUUGAGAUUCUGAAGAAAGAAUUGGAUAAAGAACUUGAAGAUUUACGAAACGAAUUAAGAUUACAGCAACGAGAGAAAAUUACUAAAUUCACGGAAGAUCACGAGCAGUGCCUAGCUGAGAUCCUUCGUGAUUUUAGAAUGGAUGAGGCUCUCGCUCGUAAGAUGUACAAAGAGCGAUUGGAAGAAAUUCGCGCUGAUUUUGCUCGAGACACGGAGAAGGAGGCGAGGAAACAAACCGACCGCGUGCUUCAGGAUAGCAUCGAUUUUGAAAAAAUGCGUUGCGAAAAGCGGCUACUGCAGGACAAAUACACGGCGCUCAAGGAAAAGUACAUGAAAUUGAAGAACGAUGUUCGUCUCGCAGUCGAGAGAAGGAGUAGGAGAAAAGAGGGUUAUACCACGGCCUCGGAAACCGAGAGAUCGACAUCCACUAGGACGAAGACGGACAGAACCGAGUCGUCAGAACAAAAUACUCCGCUGAAGAACGCGAGCUCGAGCCCAGUGACAAACGCGAAAUCGCAGGAGGAGCAGAGUACGAGCGAACAAAUCAAUCAAGAUCAAAACAAUCCGGACAAUUCGAGGAGUCAGAAGGCGGCUGCGGGGUUUUCCAAACACGCAGCCGCCAUCGCUGACUCGAGGAGCGCGGCAAAAUUUGAGUCUGACGACACCACAACCGCUAGCGAGACUAACACUAACAUGAUGAUGAAGAAGAAGAAGAGUUUUAGUAAGAAGGUCGCUUCGGGCGCGGGUCGCUCGAGCGGUGGCAGCGGCAGUAACAACAACGUGGAGAACCCCGUGGAAAAUAUCAGGAAACAGCUGAAGAAGCUGGAAGAUCUCGGCGAUCAGCUGCCGAGCAACGAAACGGCCUAUACUGUGCGAUAUCCUUUCCAAGAUAAAGCACCGGCAAACGCCUCUUCGGAGCUGGAGUUCUUCCGACAUCGGAUUCAUGUGGAGAGGGACUCGGUGAGGAGGGCUCGCGAAGCGCUGAGACAACAGAGAAGUGCCUUUCAGGGUAGGCAAAGAGCUUGGAAACAACGGAGCGCGAGAGCCACUCUGGAACAAUUGGUGCAGGAGGAACGCGAGCUCUCUGAUAUGGAGGUGAGUUUGCAUCGUACCAGAAGUCUUCUGGGUGAGAAGGUCAUCCAUUUAAGACAUUUGGAACAAUCUCUGGAACGAGUGGCAAACGACAAGCGAAACGAAAACGACGUGUCUUCCACAAAAAAUGAUGAAUUAACACUGAGCGAUAUGUCGAGUGCCAGCAGCGGUUUCAGCUCGACUGAUUUGGGAACUGACACUUUUAUAGAUAAGCCAGAUCAUUAUCAAGAAUCUACUGAAAUCAUCGCAAGUUUAGAAAAUUUGAACUCAGAAAUACGAGAAAUUUGGGAUGUUUUGAACAAACGUCAGGAUAGUAGUACUAUACCCCCAACACCGGCUCUUAUGUAUUCUUAUUUGCGAUGGUUGCGGUUUCAUCAUCUCACCGUGCAGCCUAACAGCAUGCAAGGUGCCUUUGGUACACCCAAUAUACAAUCCAAUAUUUUAUCUCAAUUAACCGCUGCGCAACCUCCCACUACCACGACUCAGAAUAUUAUCGCUCAAUACGGCCCUAAUAGCGGUUUUACCACGAGCGUUGGUACAGUCGAGAGAAACGCUUCGAAUUUGAUGGAAAGGACCAGAAACCUAAGGGAUUGGCUACGCCAAGCUCGUGUCGAAACUACGGACCUGAUCAGUCCGGGUCAAGCAACCCUCUAAAAAACCAAAAAGAAAAAAAUUAACGUCCAGAAAAAAAGGUUCUCUCUCUUUUUCCAAAUCUCUAUUAUUCCUUCUGCGAAAUUAAUCUUAAUUCUCAAUUUAAAUAACGUAUGACUUUGAAUCAAAUAUUAGUUGUAAGUACAUAAUAUUAUCAGUACUUGAUUAGUAAUAAUUAAUUAGCGUAAUAUUUUUAUAGAAUAGCUUAUUUUGUGCAAUAUAAUUCUCAAGUCUAUUAUUUAUUUUCUUCACGUGAAUUAUAUGUAUAAUUAUAAGAAUCAGUUUUGGAAACAAUUUUGCAACUUCUUGUUAGGAAUCGUCAGAUCUUUUUAGAGUGUGUGAUCAUACAAAUCCUGUCCGAUACACAAAUAUAUAUACAUAUAUAUAUUAUCAUAUAUCCCGAUUUGUACGGAUUUCAAAUUUGCGCUCGCUUGCUGCUCCGAAUCUUGUUUCCUUCGUUACUGAAUCGACGAUCAAAACUUAUAUCAAGAAUAUAUUGUAUAUGUGUCGUUGCGAAAUAAAAAUAAUUCGUGUGUAAGAGAGAAUAAACGUUGAACGUGACAGCUGUGACAGAUGUAAAUGCAUA